AUGGUUCCGCUUCGGGGAUGCCGCCGGCGCUGGCAGCAGCUCCAGCUCCUCCCAGUCCCAGCCGCAGUCCGUGGUGUGGUUGAGUCGCCCUCCGGUGGCACGCCCUUCGCCACGGCGGGGUCCGUCCUCAGCGUCACGCCCGACGGCACGCUCGUGCUCACCGACGGCGGCGGCCGCAACCAAGAGCUGUGGAGGGCCUCGACGUCCAGGCUUAGGCGCGGGUCCGUCCUGGCGCUCCGAGACUCGGGCAAUCUCCAGUUCCUCGGCGACGGCGGGGACGUGCUGUGGGAGAGCUUCGGGUACCCGACGGACGCGCUCCUGCCGGGCCAGUCCUUGGCCCUGGACACCAAGUCCGAGGGGAAGCUCUUCUCCAAGCAGGCGGACGCGGAGUUCACCACUGGCCGGUUCAGCAUGGGUGUCCAGCCGGACGGCAACGUGGUCCUCUACGUCGACCUCAUCACCGGCAACAACCCCGGCAACGCCUACUGGCAGGAGUACACCACCAACAGCCCCGAUGGCAACACAACGGUCACCUUCGACGCCCAGGGCCGGCUCAACUACAGCCUCACCAACGGCACCGUCUACAGCUUGAUUUCGCCCCCGCCGAGCUUCACCGCCGGCGCCGACUACUUCCAGUUCGUCAGGAUGGACCCCGACGGCAUCGUCCGCACCUAUGUCCGCCACAAGACCGGCAGCGGCGGCGGCGGCGGCAACACGUCCUGGACCAGGCUAGUCAGUGGCCACCGGACGGCUGCAACAAGAGAACGUCCGCAGGGCAUGUGUGGCCCGGGGUCUUACUCCGUCCAGAUCGAUGACCGGCUCAACUGCGUCUGCCCGAGUGGGUACAACUACACCGACGCGCAGCACCCGGACAGCGGCUGCACGCCGGCGUUCGAACCGCAGAGCUGCGGCGGAGAGAACAGCUCCGACGCGUUCACGCUCGUGGAGCUCCCGAACAUCACCUGGGAGACCUCGAUAUACUACAAGAAAUCCUCAUCGGUGAACGAGGAGCUGUGCCGGGAGUACUGCCUCGUCCAGUGA